AUGACACACACCCGCGCACGCGUGGCACCGGAGAGGGACCUUGCUCGCUGCUUCCUGCGCCGCCUCCAGCGCGCUCUGUUUCUGUUUCUCUCUCUGCUCGCGGCACUCUACGCCACCACUUCCUUGUACUACGUGGUGCGCAUCAGCGUGAUCGAGCAGCCCGAUCUUUUCGAUGGGAUUCGCAGCAAUGUGAGGGAUUUCUCUCAACGGUGGGUGCCUUGGGCUGUGCCUAUGAGCGAGCACCUCGCUGCUAGCCCCAGCGCUGCCGAGGCUGAUGCGGCAUCGCUUCUCGUCACCUUGCGCGCCAGCUCCCACGAGUCGUACACGCAGAUGUACAAGUUUCUGCGGAUCGGCGAGCCUAUGACAAGGCAGCGCGUGCGCAACCCUGCCCUUCCGGCAGGGGUACCGCUCUGGGACGACGACGAGGAGCGUGCAUCCGCGGAGCGCGGUGGCGGCCCUCGCAACGCUGUGCCGUCGCGCCAGCGCUACGUCCUGGACAAGCUGAAGCCGGGAGGGUCCUACAUGAUACGGCUCAGCUUCUUGGGCUCGCCAAGCGUUGGCUUUGACCUGGUGCUCUACCAAGUACGCCGUUCUAGCGUGCAGAGGCUCCUCAAAGGCAGCAUCGACGUCGCGGGCGCAACGUCUCCGACGGCACGCGGUUGGGCCGAGGAGCCGCAGGACACGGAGCUGUUAGUCUUCUCCACCAGUCGUGACAACGCGCUCGAGUUCACGUUCGAGAAGGACGUGUGGGUAGACAGAGAGGACAUCGAUGGCAUAGUGAGUGGCAGUAACGGCGCCGACGCCACACUGCGGGGCGUCAUCCGCGCGUUCUCUGGCACUGAUGAUCCGUUUCUGCCGGUUGUCGAGGUGCGUCCGCGCGCUCUUUCCAUCCCGGUGGACGCCUACCGCGUGCCCAUCGUCCGUUUCAACAUAGAGCUGGAGCGGCUGAGCUCGUCCUUUCUCCCGAAGGUUGCUGUUCCCUUGAUGAUCUACUUCGUGUGGGUACUCGUCUUUGUGGGGUAUCUCGGCAUCUACACGCUGGUGAGCAGCGGCAUCGCUGGCGGCGAGGAGGUCAAGCAGAGCCUUGGCUAA